UACAGAUACAUACACAGGCACUCACACACACCCACACAACCCACACAUACACACACACGCACACACACACACACUCCUGUGAUAGCACUGAACCCAGAGAGCUCUUUUGGAACUGGGGGGGUGGGGGAAGGUGGGCCCUCUGAUUUGGUGAAAGACGCAGAAAAAGUGAUUAAAGUUUUUUUUUUUUCUCGGCGCGCGGGCAGCGAAGCGAAGCGACCGACCGGCCGGCUGGAGGAGGGUAAAAUGGCUGGAGCCGUACGGCGGACCGCAGGAUGAAGCGUCCGGGAAGUUUUCUGGAAGUCUCUCUCUCCGAUCGUUUGUUCCGGGAGCCUUUUCACCGGGCGAGACCAAUCACUUCCCUCGAUUCCGAGGCUGAGCGGCGUCUGACUGGGGGAGCGGGGCGAGCGCAAACCCCUCUAUUAGGACCUGAUAUAUUAUCCAAACAAUUUAGUGUAUUCAUGAGGUUACGCAAAUGUGGAGGCCUCGAAAAUUACCGUAAUCAAUUGAAAACAGCAAGUGUGCGUCCGUCCGCGGCUCUGAUUAUUUGGAGAUCAUCUAUCAACUAGAUGUGUAUGUAAUAAGGCAAGGGCAUUAAAUCGCUCUUGAGUUGCAGUGGUAAGUCCAUGAUCAUUGGGCAAGUGAGUUUGGACAGCAAUAAUAGGGCAUCUAGACAGAUGAGGCGAACAUCUCCCCCUCGCAUUAGGUAUCUGACUUUGUGUCUAAAAGGUGCUGUUUAUAAGGAGCGACUGAUUCACUGAGACAGCACAACCUUCGCAAUACUCUCAUUUUUGUCCUUUUCUUGACCUGCGGGAAGAAAAAAAAAAAAAAAAAAGAAGAAGAAGAAGAGUUGAAAAAAGACGAACCGGCGCUUCUUUAAGGGGUAAGUGAGGUAUGGAGGUUCGAUACAAUCAGGAGACCGAGGCGGGGAUGGUGCUGAAGAAUGGACUAAAGGACGGGAAAGAGGGCAAGGAUUCCCAGGGAAGCCUUUCCAAAUCCUUUCUGAAGGAGCAGCAGGAGUCCUUCUCCGCCGCCGGGACGGUGGAGAGCUGCGAGAAGAGCCGGGCGAACUCGGCGGACCCGGACUACUGCCGGAGGAUCCUCGUCCGAGAUGCCAAGGGGUCCAUCCGAGAGAUAAUCCUGCCGAAAGGGCUGGACCUGGACCGGCCCAAGCGGACCAGGACCUCCUUCACCGCCGAGCAGCUGUACCGGCUGGAGAUGGAGUUCCAGAGGUGCCAGUACGUUGUGGGGAGGGAGCGCACGGAGCUUGCCCGACAACUGAAUCUGUCAGAAACUCAGGUAAAGGUCUGGUUCCAGAACCGGCGCACGAAGCAGAAGAAGGACCAGGGCAAGGACUCCGAGCUGCGGUCGGUGGUUUCGGAGACGGCGGCCACGUGCAGCGUCCUGAGACUGCUGGAGCAGGGGCGCCUCCUGACCCCGCCGGGCCUCCCGGGGCUGCUGCCCCACUGCGGCGGCGGCGGCGGCGGCGGCGGCGGCGCCCUGGGCUCCGGCCUGCGCGGGCCCUCCAUGGGCAUCAUCGCCAACAACGGCAGCAGCAGCAGCAGCAGCUCGGGGACUGGCGGCAGCCCGCCGUUGCCCGCGGCGACCAGCUCGGGGCCCGCCGCCGCGGUGCUCCCGGGCUCCACGCCCACCCACGGCCUCUUCAGCUUCCCCAUGCCCUCCCUCCUGGGCAGCGUGGCCACCCGGAUAUCCUCCAACCCCCUCUCCAUGGCGGGCUCCCUGGCCGGAAACCUGCAGGAGCUGUCAGCCCGCUACCUGAGCUCCUCCGCGUUCGAACCUUACUCCCGGACCAACAGCAAGGAGGCCAUGGACAAGAAAGUUCUGGAAUGAUCUUUUCUCUUAAAAAAAAAAAAAAAAAAAAAAAAAAAUCUUUUUAUUUUUUAUUUUUUAAAUUUCACCGUUCUUGUUUUGUUUGUCCUUCGGUUUUGCCUUCUCCUUUCAGUGUCUGUGCCGUGGUUUAAUCAUUUUGUUACUGUUUCAGUGUACAACUGCACACCGAUGCCUCUCAGACAGUGAAGAGAAAAACAAAGACAUCUAUUCUUAUAUUUUGGUAACAGGGUGAUUUUUCCAAGCUUUUUGCACUAAAUCAAAAGUUUUGUUGCCCUGCGUUAAUUUUAACACAAAACCGCUUGAAAAAGCAAACUACCAAGAGAUUAUAAAGGUAUGGAAAAGAGGAAUUAAAUGUUUUCAGUUAACUGUAGCUUUUUUUUUUUAGUGUUUCUUAUUUGGAAAAGACUGGGCGAAAUAUGAAUAGUAAAAGAAAAAAGCUUAAAAAUAUGCCUGUUUCUGUUCUGUUUGUCAUCAUUGGUCAUGAGCUGCAGGGGGAAAAUGACACCUGCCUGUCGAACGACUCACGGUGUUAUAUUGGCUUUUUUUUUUGUUUGUUUUUGUUUUUAAGCGUGUUUCAUGUUUUAAACGAACUAACACCACAAAUGUACAUAGAGGUAGCAGGCCAGCAAACCUGUAAAACCCAGGUCUCAGUGCUGUUGAUUUGCAGGAGAGUUGGUAAGAACUCGAAAAUGGAGCCGCUCUUAUUGAACUUUAUGAAUUACAGGAAAAAGCUUAUUUUUCUAAUAACCCUGCGAGUCCUGAGUGGGAAUUUGAUAUCCCCGUCAGCGGGUUCCUCGCUACACGGUAGUUUAACGGUGGUCAGUUGUUAUUUUUCAUCAAGUUAUCUGACCAAACAAAAGAAGAAUGUUGUCAUAUGAUGGUUAAACUGUUUGGUGUUUUGUUACAUUUUCAAUGGUUUGUGAGGGUUCUCAGAAUAUAAUUUCAAAACUAAAUCUGUGACCUUUAUGUCCUAAAGAUGCAGUAUUUUACUUUGAUUGUCUGUGAUUAUGAUACUAGACUUGUAGUCCUGAUUGCCAUGUAGAGGAAACGUUUUGGAAUAAGCUUCAGCCACUUUCAGCCCUAGCUGGAAUGGAACGGAAGGCUGACGUAGUGUAAAGUUUUAGAACUUUUUCCCGCUGCUCACAAAAUUGUCCAAGUUACAUGGUGCAAAAUCACACUUUCUUUUGAAGGCAUAAUUGUAACCAAUGCAAAGUAUGAUUUUUUUUUUUUUUUGAAGAAUUACAAUCCUUUUACAAGAUGUACAUUUCUUAAAGCGCUCUGUACCAUUUGUUCUGGGUCAGGAACAUAAAAGAAGCAAGUACAAUGAAAGUAAAAUUAUUGUAGUAUAAAGAGAAAGACAAAUGAGAGUUGUUAUUUUAUUGUAAAUUAUUCAUGUCUGUAAUUAAUAGAUAAUUAGUAUAUCAGCGCAAUGAUGAAAGAAUGAAUGCAAAGGUGGGUCAUGAAUCAAAACAAAGCUCUUGGUGCUGUCGUCGUGAAAUAUCUUGAACAUUGUGACAAUGUGGUUUGAGUGUGGAUAUAUAUUAUAUAUAUAUGACUAAAC